AUGCUCUCUUCUAAACUUAUCCUCACCGCCUUCCUUUUCUCUACAGCCUCGAUCGCCCAAUUACCAAGCCUCAAGAUUCCAAACACAAAAGUUGCUACCAGUCCCCCAUCCUGCGCUAAUAAGAACGCCGAUAAUGCCACAAAGUUGGACCUUCCACCGUUUAUUGAUGCUUCAAACUCCGAACCCAAUGCAGCUUCCAAACCCGGCUCGCAGCCGUUAAGUAACCAAUACGGCGGCGGUGAGGCUCGGGUGGCUCAUAUGAAUUAA